AUGUUGCAUUUGCUGAUCAUAUUUUUAGGGCUGUGCCAUCAGGGGGCUCUCGGUACCAAGUGGUACAGUGGCAGUCCAGGAUUUUCCAGCUCUGACGCCUGGAUUGAUGGCUAUAUGCCCUGUGCUCGCGAUCUUGCGGUUUUCCCCUCGAACUAUCGCGCUGUUUUGCCACUAACAGGCAACAUAAAAAUUGGCGGCUUUGUAUUACCUAAUGAGGGAGCCUUAGUCCUCAGUCAGGAUGUCACCAUAUUGCUAAACGACUUGGAGCAGGACCGUGAAUGUGAGAGUGAUGAGAAGCGUGCCUAUUUGAAGCCACCUAAGACCAGCAAGUGGUUUGAUCCAAUGUCUUGGACCAGUCCCGAUAUUUUGAGCCGCAGUCCUGCAGUUUCUGAGAUAGAAAAGGUGCCGUGCAGUGAUGAGCAGGUGGUGAUCACCAGUGCGAACGGAGCACUCUCUUUCGAUUUGGAAAACGUACUAUUUUUGCGCUUGGGUCAUCUCAGCCUGCUCGGUUCCUCCAUUUCAAAAACGUAUCUGCAACAACUGCUAAGAACGGAUCUUGGUGAACUGUUAUUUCCAAAUGGGGAAAUCACGUACGUGGAAUACUAUCGCAGUGAGAUCUGUGGCUGUCACAAGGACUACAUGGACCUCAUCGUGUCGACCUGCCACAAUGUUGAGUGUGAACGCCCCCAUUGCGUGAGUCCCGUACUGCCUCUUGGCGCAUGCUGCCCCAUAUGUGGCGCCACUGUUCGAUAUUCCGUCGAGCACUGCUUGGAGAGUGAGCGUAAGGAUCUGUUGGACUACAUAAACAAGCAAAUGGUGCGCGAAGGCCUAACCAAUGAUAUUCUUGUGCAUGUGGAAUUUAUAAGUAGCGAUGAGCUGGGACAAUAUCUACAGACGGUUAUUGUCGAUCGCGAUACGUACAAUGAGCGCAGCAAGCACUUUUUGGAGCUUCUGAUGGAGAGGCGUAAUGAGAGCAAUUUGCUCAGGGGAAAACAAGCAUUGGUCACUCACAUGGCUGGUCAUCCGUACAACCCCAAUGUGACCUUCGGCUCUGUGCUGCUCAUUAUCUUUUGUAUUGUGCUGGUGGGUGUGGUGGCCAUAAUUAUUCUGGCACACUACAUGCCCCAAAAUCCCCAUUUGAAUCGCAUCCCACAAUGGAUCCACGAUCCCCGACGCUGGCAUUGGAGCAAUCUUAGCUUGGGACUGAGAAGAAAUUUGUUAUUCGCUCGCUUCGAUAAUGCUGGACAGGAGGCCGGUAUCAGUGGUGGGGGAGCGGCUGCCACCAGUGGCGUAGAACAUUUGCCAGAACGUAUUAUGGGCUUUAAUGCUGAAAGUGAAGAGGUGCGCGAGCGUGCAUUUAACAAUCCCAUGUUUGAGGAGGGAAUUACGGCCCAAGCAGUGAGCACAGAUGUUGCUUCUAACAAACAAACAGCACCGGAAUUUAAGCCCACGAUGGAGGUGGGAGAGUUGGACAGUUGCAAUGUGGAGGAGCAGGAGCUUACCGAAAUAAGGCUUGAAUCUUCGGAUUCGGACAGCGAUGUCGAGGAGGAGACUGCCAAAUAGUGAUGGGCUAUAAAAAGUUAGAAUAGAAAAGAAAACAUAGAACCAUAACAAGAAAAAUAGGUAUAACCAUUACUUACAAGCAAUAA